CCACCACCACCACCACCACCACCAUCAGGCCAAACAAACAAUGACAUUGGUCCUAUCACGGUAACCCCCCGAAGCGCUUCCUUUGCGAUGAGGCUCGCCGACAUUGUUCUCGACCUCGCCGCCAUCGCCAGCGCCUCGCGCUCGGUGGCGUCGAAGCAUGUCGCCCUCCGUGCCAGGCAGAUCAAUCGCUUCGGCAAGAGCUCGAGCUUGACCACACGUCCGACGACCGCAGCUCCCUCAACCUCCGCCUCGGCAUCCGAGCCAGCCAAAGCCCAAACAGUCACCACGGCACCGGCAACGACCGACAAUGCGGCCCGGGCGCCUAUCCCCAAAGCGGCAGAAACUGCGGCGCGUGUUCAGCCCAGUUCGGAUGCCGGACAGGAUGCAGGCGGUGCUGCCGCUGUAUUGGGUCGAGAUAGACCAGUCGCGCCAUGGGCGACCCGUGAUGGCCUCUUUGCUUUAGCACCCAGAACCCCCAGGAGGUCCCUUUUCGAGUCCGCGCCGGCGAAGCUGGGGGAGGUGGAUGCAACUACCGCGGAGGGGAUGCCGGAAGGCAUUAAUAUCAACAUAUUCCAGACAUCAAGGGGAUCCAAAAUACUCGAAUCUCUAAAGUCAGAUGCAGAUGUGGACAAUGGUGCGACGAAGGACGCUACUAGGAUCACAGACACUAAGGAGGGCGCAAAGGCUUCCGAGAGCACCCGGUUCGAAAGCUUGGCGGCAGAGGAGCCUAAGAGGGAGUCCGAACUAACGAACAAACCACUGCAAAGCCCAGAAGCGUCGGAAAUGAGAAGCACAACGAAGGCGUAUGCUGCUGAUCCGGUCACAUUUACACCUCCGCCCGUAUCCACCCCGAAAUCAUCACCCGCCGCUGAAAAUGUGGUACAAGACUCGGCUCCGGCAGCCUCCGGCUACCAGCUCCGUGAGUCAAAAGUGCCCGCCACCCGGCUCAGCCGCAUCUGGAACUAUGGUGGUCUCGCGGCCGGCAUGCUGGGGGGCGCACUGACUGAGUCCAUAAGCCGCGGCUUCGGUGGCGGCACGUCUGGAACUUCAGCAAUGCUGAGCCCCGCCAAUAUGGAGCGCUUGGUAUCCAAACUGUCGCGCAUGCGCGGAGCUGCUCUCAAGAUGGGCCAGAUGCUCUCGUUCCAAGACGCCAAGAUGCUCCCGGGUCCGAUCCGAGAGGUGCUGCAGCGCGUGCAGGACAGGGCGGACUACAUGCCCGCAUGGCAGCGCGACCGAGUGCUGGCCACAAACCUUGGUUCUGAGUGGAGAGACCUUUUUGAGACCUUUGAAGAGAAGCCCAUCGCUGCCGCCUCGAUAGGUCAGGUUCACCGUGCGACUCUCAAACCGCAGGAGGAGGGUAGCAUGCCUGUGGAGGUGGCAGUCAAGAUCCAAUUCCCUGGCGUGGCCGACAGCAUUAACUCGGACCUGGACAACUUGGCGAUGCUGCUAGCCGCGACGAAGCUACUACCAAAGGGGCUGUACCUCGACAAGACCAUCGCCAACGCGCGCACGGAGCUUGCCUGGGAGUGCGACUAUGAGCGCGAGGCCGAGUGCGCCCAGCGCUACCGCACGCUGCUCGCUGGGGACGAAGAUGCUGUGUUUGCCGUGCCGCGGGUUUUCCCCGCUGCCUCGGGGAAACAGGUGCUGACGAUGGAGUUUAUGCACGGCAUCGGCGUCACGCGGGGCAUUCAUUCCUUCACCCAGGAGCAGCGCGACCGCAUCGGGACCCACAUUCUGCGGCUGUGCCUGCGCGAGAUAACCGAGUUCCGCUUCAUGCAGACGGACCCCAACUGGACCAACUUCCUGUACAACGCCGAGACGGGCCGCCUCGAGCUGCUCGACUUUGGCGCCUCGCGCGAGUACCCGGAGCGGUUCGUGUCUCUGUACGUCAGGCUGCUGUACGCGGCGUCCAAGGGCGACCGGGAAGGCGUGCGCGUCUUGUCCGAAGAGCUCGGGUACCUGACGGGCCAUGAGAGCAGGGUGAUGCUGGACGCGCACACGCAGUCGGUGCUGACUCUUGCCGAGCCUUUCCUCGAGUCCGCGCCGGAGUUGUACGACUUCCGCGACCAGACAAUCACCGAGCGGGUCAAGAGCUUCAUCCCCGUCAUGAUCAAGGAGCGCCUCGCGCCUCCGCCGGAGGAGACUUACAGUCUUCAUCGGAAACUGAGUGGAGCAUUUCUUUUGUGUGCCAGGCUUGGGAGCAAGGUGAGGUGCCGGGAGAUGUUCACCAAGAGCGUCAAGAAAUCCGGGCUUGUGCCUGAAGUCUGAGUUGGGGUAAUGCAGUGUUGAAGGCGUUGUACUGUUUCGACUAGGACGGGGGGCUUAAAAUCAUGCAAAAUGUAAAAUAAUCGCGGCGAAGAUACCACUCAUGUACACUGUAUGUACUAUUAUACUUGGACCCUUUAGAUAGCAUAAGAGCCUGUGUGGGAUGAUUACAAUUUAAGGAUCGCAAUCACUAGCAAGGAAGCGCAUCCACCGUAGAGUGUAACCAUAGCGACUUGUCAUAAUGAACCCAAAGGCAGGGCCUUCAAAGGUUUCAAAGCG